GGAGUGUCUGCUGGAUCCGCCACUUCGGGAGCGACUUCUGCGCCAGCCUCAGCUCAGCGUCAGGAAGCAGCUCUUCUCCAUGACGGGCUACAACCUCUCCAUACACCCAGACAUGUCCGUCAAGGGCACCAGGGAGUUCUACAAUAUCUACGCCAUCCUGGAGGUCCGCGCCGUGGGGAAAGGGGAGGUGCAGGUGAGAGGGGUCGAUGCUGGGCUCUUCCUCGCCAUGAACCACAAGGGCAAAACCUACGGAGAGCCCAACGAGCUCAAGGAGAAUACAGUGUGGGUGGAGACGCUGUCAGGUGCCUUCUUCAACUACCUGAACAAGAAGUAUGCCCACUUGGGGUGGUACCUGGGCAUCAAGAAGAGUGGCAAGGGCAAGAAGGGCCACAAGACCGAGUAUGGCCAACGAGCUGUCCAGUUUCUCCCCAGACAUCCCUACCCGAUCGGCUAGACUGGUACAAGAUCCGUCAUUGUGUCAACAUGGAUGUCAAUCUUUAUCACAAUACCCGUAAAGGGCAUUUAUAUACAAUCUUUUAAAACUUGCUUCAUUUCUCUUCCAGUUAAAGGAGGGUGAGGUUGGAUCAGCUGUCCUACGUCAACAUUAACUUCGAUUCUCUGUGGAAACUUGAGAGAUGUUGUAAAAGGAAUACUGUAUGUAAAUUGUUCACAUCCUGAAUCAACUCUUGUUUUUAUGAGCCACAAUAACGUGGGUGGAGUACAGGUUAAUGAGGUACACCUGCUACAGGUAGAUGUGGGGCUGUGAGUACUUUCACUGCAACGGUUUAAAGAUGAUGGAAGCAUUACGAGUCUGAUAACCAAAACGUCAGUAAGGGAGGAUGGUGGUUGUGUGUACUUGAUGGAUCAGUGUUACUUGGAGAUGCGUUGCAGCAAACAGUUAACUAUAAUGCGUAGUGUAUAGCUACAUGAAGGUACUCUUGUCCAGGGGCACACCCGUAAUUUAAUGGUUUGUGGGGUGAAGAUCUGCCCACCUCUUUUUUAUUUCCUGUAUCUAGUCUUCAAGCUUAUGAAUAAACAAAGAAGGUACUGUACAUGGACAAGAAGAAGAGGAGAGAGGGACACGUGCCCGCUGUCUCCUCCUCCUGGGUGAAUCAGUUUGUCUACUAGUAUGUGCUUCACCAGAUCUAUGGUGGCUAACAAAAGGCCUGGAAGCUGAGUUUGUGCCCCUCACAAGACUUUGCUACCAUGACACUCUUACACCUGUUUCGUUGGUGUUAACAAUUAUAAGUUUGUUUACUCCAUCAGCCGCAGUAUCAAAACUUACCUUCGUCACUUAAAUAGCCUCAACCAUGCCUCUCUUUACCACACUGUUGUUAACAAGAUCACAUCAUUGACGCGUGUUCAAGAACGAUUAAGAAGUUUAUCAAAGGAAGUAAGUUUUUAAUACUCUGGCUGAAUGGGAUGGUGUGUACAGUACAGGCGUCGUAAGUGCUGCCCAGGAGGUAAAGUUUGACCAUUUGUAGAUAUAUCGCCUUCUGUCUCGUGUACAACUCAGUGACAUUCACUUGUCAUUUGGCUAUCAAUUCUAUUUUUUAGUUUACAAAGAUAAAUAUUUUAGUAAUAUAAAGUAUAUAGUAUUCUAGUAUUUAACCAAGUGACGUUUACUUUCGUUGACUAAUGCUUUACCUCGAUUCUCUCCACAUACUGAAAGGUGUAUUAAACUAUAUACCGUACAGUAUAUUUCAACGCAUAACAGUAAUGAGUCACACCUGUUGUUAACACCGCCUGUCAUUAUCCCUUUAAAGAUGUUAAGAUAAUCGUGGCCGAGGUGGUGAAAUGGCAUAAAAAAAAUAUAAGAAAAAGGUCAAAAUUACCUGUUUCAGAAGUAACUAUUGACAAUGACUAAGAACAUGUCUAUCACAACCAACAUUUCUGAUACACCACCGCCUUUAAGUUUUCUCUUCGCCUCCGUGCGGACAGUCUGCCGUGGUCCGUACUGGCGAAUGGACCUCACUCUCUCGCCCUCCUAGUCACUUUAUACAGUUUACUUUGCCGUUAUGGCUUACUUUCUACACUGCAUUUAUAGAGUUACAGUGAAUCUUAGCAUAUUUUUAAGGGGGCGCUACUUAGGUUCAAAAUUAAACACGAUGUAUUUUUUUUAACCUGUGUGUGUGUGUGUGUAAGGUACUUAAAGUGAGCUGACGGAGAUAACUGAUACUUAAACCCCUUGAGUAUAAUGACAUUGUAUUAAAAGGGAUAGGUCAUUGUAUUCACGGUGUUAAUUCAUCAUAUUCAACACACACAUACACACCGUUCCAAUAACAUACUAGUGACCAUUUUGAACCUCUUUAAAGUAACCCUUCAACACAUUGUAAAUAAUUUUCUUAAUAACUCUCCUAAAUCGCUUCUUUUGGCAGCUGUUUGUGUUUACGUUUUUCCGAGCGAUUUUAUAUUUAACAAAAAGAAAGCAGACUCAACUUGGCACACAUUAGGAAACAAAAACAAGUUGACUUCAGUGUUCUUGCUCGUCCAGUCUCUUUUGACUUACUACGUGGAACUGAACUAGCUGUAUCAUAUAUUAAUUGUAUAUUUGGGAACAUAAAUCACAUGAGACGCUCUUGGCUAGACGUAGACAGGCGACAACAGCAACAAAAAAACGCAGUUAAUGUUGAAGUAAUUUUAUACCGCAUAUCUCAAGUUACCUUUGUCGCUAGUCUUGUUCUCACUCGGAAGACUUCAUUAUAUUUAAGGAUUUUUUCUCCAGUGGCACCAACCCGAGGAGCCUGUGUGUAAGGUUAUCAAGCUCCCCGCGAAGCUGUUAUUCUAUGUUGAGAAAAAGGUGUAAGGAUACGUGUCUCCCAUGAAUCCACUUUAAUGGCUGCCUUUAAUUGGAAAUAGGUCCCUUAUACACAGGUGUGGAGGUGCGUCAUCAUAACACGGUUCUGUAGUUAUUACUGGUGAAGAUGAACGACAGGUAACGAAUACAACCUGGGAAGUCAAAACAUUACACCGGGCAACAAGGAAACAUACAGCACACAUUUCGUUAAUAAGCCACACACUCGGGUGCCUUAUAUAAGAAGGGUCAGGAUGAACGCUAAACUCACUGCGGAUGUAACAAACCAAUUCAAAAGUAAUUACCUUUAAAAAUCGUUCAAUGUAAAAAAUAAAAUAAAAUAAAAUUGUUGAAAGGUGACCUGCACUUUACACUAGAGAUGAAUCCAAUAGCUACCAAGUUUUGGGAAAUAGUUCAAAACAUGAAGAAAGGUCAGUGUACACUCAGUGAGCAGUACUGCCCUAAUGAUUGUAGCCGAGAAACCAAUCAUCACUCUCUGAUGAUACUAAUGUAAACUACGAAUUUGAAUACCAUAUUUUAUUCUUAUCUAUUCACCAGGUAAUAAUCACUCUUUCUCUAAACUGUAAAAUAACGUUAGGUCAGUUUGUGCUGUAAUAUACUGCACAAUAUCUCAUCUCCCAGCACGUAAUGAAUUUGUGUUAUUAUCUGUUGUUAUCUCCACCUUUUCUUAUCAAGUCACAACGGAGAUUCAUUUAGCCUUCCACACGAACAAAGAUCACAACUAAUGCCUCAAUACAGAUCGCCGCGGUGUGUCGUGGUCAAUAAGUGAGCUGCAGUAGGAGCUUUACCUCUCUCAGGAACCUAGUGACUUCGCUGGUAGGUCGCCUUAGCUGGUGUUGUAGCGCCUCGCCCUUACUUCCACCUUUUUAUUUUGUACUUUUUAUAAUUAUUUUUGUUGAUAUGAGUAUAAUAAAAUAGUUGAUAGCAGGUAAA